GUGAACCAGAACCAGGCAGGCAACUAUUCCCCACUUCACCGUGUCAGUAGCACACUGCUCCCCGCGAUGUCUCUCCGCCGCCUCCUAGGUCUCUCCUCCGCCGCCGCCUUCCCCGGACUCCUCCGCCGCUCCUUCUCCUUCACCACGUCCGGCACGCCCCCUCCGUGGGCUUUCAUCGAGCGCAGCACGGAGGCGGCCGAGGGACUGUCCGUGCGCCUCGGCCACCCACCGAGCCUCUCCACCAUACGUGUCCCGAAGCACCUCGUCAGGACCAGCGCCGCCCCCGACCACGACGCCGACGUCAUCCAGUCCAUCUCCGGCUCCGUCUGCUCCGCCAGCAGCGACGGCCUCCUCCUCCUGUCCUACUUCGACCUGCGCUUGGAGGCUCCGAUCCUCGCCCAACGGGGCGCCGCCCGGCUGCGCAAAAGCCCAGCCGACCUCGCCCCUGGCUACGGCGCCCACUGCACGCACUUCGUCUGCAACCCUGUUACCGGUGAGCUAUCCUGCCUCCCUGACCCCAGGACCUCGGACCCUGUGAGUAAGGUCAUGUGCGGCUUACACACGGGCCUCCUCACCCGAGCCGAUGGCGGCCACGACGGGCCGCCCAACAGGUUCGCCAUCGCCGAGCUGCACGGGAACCAGAUGGUCCGGUUUCUCUCGGAGACAGGGGAGUGGGAAGUCGUGCCGGUCUCGCCGUGCCAGCUCCCGGAUGCGCGGCGAAUGGUGCUGGACCACGACGUGGUGGCCUUCGGCGGCCGCCUGUGGUGGCUUGACGUCACCUGUGGCGCGGUCUCGGUCGACCCCUUCAGCGACCGGCCAGAGCUCUGCUUCGUCGAGCUGCCGAGGGACAGCGUGCUGCCCGCAGCCGCGCAGGACGGCUGCGACUGCGCAGGGACCAGCGGCUGCGGUGAAUCACCGGAGCACCGGCGCCUGUGUGUCAGCGAAGGGCGGCUGCGGUACAUCGAGGUCGCUCGAGAGGAGCCGUUCGUGCUCAGCACCUUCGCGCUCGAUGAAGAGGCCAGUGGCUGGACGCUGCAGCACCGGCUAGACCUCAGCCGCUUCCGCUUCCAAUUCCAAGACUACUGCCCCCACCCAUGGCUACCCUUAAAGGAGGGGGAUACGCCACAGAUUGGGUUCCUAGACCCGCUGGACGACAGUUGGAUAUACAUGUCGGCUACCAUUGCUAAUCCUGAGGAUACGCCACGAUUUGUCUUCGUCGUGGACAUGAAGAAAGAGGAUGUGAUCAUGUGUUCUGCUUAUAGAUCAGGCAUCCCCUCCUUCGUACCGUUUGUUCUUCCACCGUGGCUUGGAUCCAGCCAGAUCCCUGCUGCAGGCAGGAAGGACUUCAAGAAAAAACAAGGCCUUGGUCUGGUUCGCGCAAAUAGUCUGUAGAAGAGAUGAAGGUUUCUUAAAACCAACAGCUGCUGCUGCUGUUCGAAUAAAUUAGGAGGUUGGUGGUGGUAGCUUACUGAACUGUCAUUUUGGGAAUACAGUAGUCAGGCCUGUUAGUGUUUGCCGAUCCACUCACCAUAUCUCGUUUAGGUGGUAACUGGGAGUUUCUUCAGACCUUUGGUUCGGUGCUAAAUUAAUUAAGCAUGUAACGACUAUCACAGAACAUCGAAUAUGCUGUGUUUACUAGAAAGACAUUGCAUCCGUGCUAUGAUAAAUGUUAUUCAGGGAUCUAUACUUAUGUCA